UACUGCUCUGAGAGAUCGCGCUCUGCGAUCCCACUCGCCCUGGAUCCUCCCGACGUCUCGGGGGCCCUCUCUGGGAAUCAUCGUUUCUGGCACCUCGGUGCUGGUACGGGUGCUAGUGCUGAGCCUGCUGAGCAGUUUUCAUUUCAUCUUCCACCCUCGCAGUCGUCGCUCUCUUCGGCCCUGGCCGUCGCUCCCGCAGCCUUGCCCAGGGACGCGUCUGCAAACCUGGCGACUCUUGCGAUCCCCCCGGGGACGGGCCUGGAGGUCCAACAGCCCUUGAAUGCACGUCGACCGGCUGCUCCGCCGCUGCCGACAUUUGAGUUGCCGACACCCUCCUUCAGCAACGGCGCAGCGACCUCCUUGAAGUAUCCCCUGCAUCACCCGCAUCUUCCUCCGCCGACAUCGAGUGUCGGCAACGUCAUCGCUACCCAAACAGCCCAUGCUGGCGACUGCGGCUACGACGACUGUGACUGCGCCGACGUUGGGCGGAAUCUCGUCCUCUCCCGAGUCGACAUCUUACUGGGCCUCCCAAGGCUCGUAUAGCGGGAGCGCAGGCCGUCAGCCUUGGACCCCGGGGCUUAACUCGUCCUAUUCAAAUCGAGAUCCCUUUUCACCAUCAUUUAACCCUUCUCUCCAUCGCAACCCAGCGACCUCGACCCCCGGCGCCGAUACCAUCCCCUCGGGGUACGAUAUGAAUCAACUACCCCCGUUCCAUCAGCCGAUGGGAACAACGGCACCCGCGCAUCCUGGGAUGGUCCCUCCGAUGAUAAGCGCUGCGCCGCAUCCGUCUGUCCCGUCGAACGAUCCGUACAUGUCUAAAUCUUCGUCUGCACCGGCCUACGGAGCCGUCCAGCAGCUGUCGAGCCCGCCAAACGCCUACCAGCCGUACGGAGGGGCACAACCGCCACAUCCUCCACCACUGGCGAUGCAUCACGCUCCGCCACGGGUUGCCUCAAACCCGCCUCCGCCGCCACAACCGCAGCAACCAUCUCACCUAAGCUAUCAACGCCAGCCGUGGCCGUCAUAUUCGCUGCCUGCAAUGACAGGGCCGGUAAUGUCCAACGUCCACAGCCCGAGUGGGCAGAUGUCGAUAAUGGGACCGUUGCAGUCGGGGAUACUCCCAGGCUUCAACAGUGGACAUGUGGCCAGCAUGCAGCAGAUGUAUGGCGGACACCCACCGCAUCCAAUGCACGGAGGCGCGGGUCCGACGAACGACCGGCCGUUCAAGUGCGACAAGUGUCCGCAGAGCUUCAACCGCAACCACGACCUGAAGCGGCACAGCCGCAUCCAUCUUGCAGUCAAGCCGUAUCCGUGCCAUAACUGCGACAAGCAGUUUUCGCGCAAGGACGCAUUGAAGCGCCACCAACUGGUCAAAGGCUGCAAGGAUGAACUGGAGAAACCGACCAAGCAGGAAGUCAAGGUUGAGGAAACCGGCGAGCACGAUCACUAACUGCUCGGAUUGUCCAUCGUUAUAACUUCUGCAACCCCGUCGAGACGAACCUGGGCUUGCACAGUGCAUGUCACGUUACUCAGACGGGGUUACUACAAAGCUAGUAUUAGUAGCGACCGACUCUUCGGCGCCUACCCGGGGAAGUGGAGCGAACCAGCAACGGUCGCACCCACUCCGGAAUGGGUUCCUGGAAUGAAACAAAACCAGGAAUCGAGAGAAGAAGAGAAGAAGAAGCAGAAGGGGAACCAGACUGACGCAAGCAGGGAUGGAUGGAUGGAAGAAAGGAGUCUCGGCGGAGGUGUCCCGUCC